AUGGGGCCUUUCUCGUUAAUUGACUUCAGUGAGCAUACACUAGCCAAACUUCUCUUGGCAAUGACGGCGACCAUUUGCUUGCAGGAGCAGCUGAGCCUCGUUUUGGUCACGUCCCCGGUGCCAUCCAACCCUUCCACAGAGUUGUUGGAGCACGUGCUGAAUUCUUUCUUCGCAGCAUAUCAAGGACUUGCUGAGUGCGACGCCUGGGUGGUCUCUGAUGGUUUCCGCGUGGCGGAGCCAGCCCAGCGGCCAAAGCCCAAAGCUGGCCGCAUCGCUGAAGGGAUGGUGGCGCCCUACGAGGAAUUCAGAUCUCGACUGGAUGCCUUGGCACAUGUCCGUCACGUGAGAGCGCCAGAGCACAAGGGCUUUGCUGGGUGUCUACAUAUCGCGCUCCGGAAGGUCUUCACACCCUAUGUGCUUGUGCUGCAGCAUGACCGGCCGUGCCUGCGGGCCAUUGACGCAACGAGCCUGCUGGAGGCCAUGGAGCAUUUUGGAGUGAAAUAUCUGGGGCUUCCGACAAAGGCCAGCUUGGCACGCACGUCGGAAGAGUACCUAGCAAGUUCUUGGCGCAUCCGUCCAGAGGUCUUGCAACUGAAGGAUACGUCGGAUAGGGUGCUUCGACCCCUCCUCUUCUGGUACGACUCAGCACACAUUUGCAGCGUGGAGCAUUACAAGGAUCUGGUCUUCCGGAAAGGACGAGAAUGGAGUGGAGGCUUUAUUGAAGACUCUUUCGGACAGGAGAUGCAGAUUGCCUUGCGCCAAGCAAGUUCUACUGGCACAUGGCGUGAGGUACAUCAGAUCUACAGCACCUAUCUCUAUGAUGAUGGCUGCGGACCGAUCAUUGGUCACCUGGAUGGCCGAAGGUAUCGUCCAGAGACUGGCCGAACUCUCAUGGAGGUGGAGAAGAGGAAACUGACGGGAUGGAUGCCCUCUUUCACAUGA